AUGCAUUCUAGGAUGCGACUUGACCGGAAUGUGCCCACUUGGAGGUAUCUAUACCGAGGGAAUUUCACAAGUCUCAGCCCAACCACCUGGCUCGGAGCCUAUCACACUGGUAAUGAGAUGAGACUCAUUUCCGCAUACCCAUUGUGUUUUGGGACUUAUAACCUAUCAAAGCUACAGCUCCAUCUGCGGGAGAGGCUGACGCCAGCAGAUACAUCCAAGCGAUUCGUCAAGUCUUACGAGUAUUUCUUAGGAGCAUGGGUCGCCUUUGCCAAGAACCCCCAAAAUGGACUCAGCAAAUAUGGAUGGCCACAGUUCAGUUUCGAUUGUCAGACUCUCCAAUUUUGUGAACCAACUUUGAUCAAUCUCGCCCUGGACAACACCACUCAGGUUGUGUUUACAUCAGCUAAUAUCCCAGUGGGAUAG